GGGCGGAGCUCUCCACCCCUGCCGGCCCUGGGGCUCCGGCCGCUGGAGCAGUCCGCGAGUGGCUGAAAUCCAAGCUGGGGUAACAAAAGGCAGCCGCCGUCCCUAAGCCGUCGCAGCUCUGAUCCGUCCCCCGCCCGCCCUCUGCCACCCGCGGGCCCGCAGCCACUGGCCAGAGGGCGGCGGGUCCAUGCCGCCGGCCAGGCCACGGGGGGACCUCGGGGGCUGUGAGCACGCGGAGAGCGCCUCGCAGGCCCCUCGCGGGGCGCUGGGCCGGCCCUCGAGAUGCCCACCAACGGCCUGCACCAGGAGCUGAAGGUCCAGUUCGGCCUCGUCAACGACACCGGCCGCUACCUGACAGCCGAGAACUUCGGCUUCAAGGUCAAUGCCUCGGCCCCCAGCCUGAAGAGGAAGCAGACGUGGGUGCUAGAGCCCGACCCGGGGCAGGGCUGCGCCGUGCUCUUCCGUAGCAGCCACCUGGGCCGCUACCUGUCCGCCGAGGAGGACGGGCGCGUGGCCUGUGAGGCCGAGCGGCCGGGCCGCGACUGCCGCUUCCUGGUGCUUCCGCAGCCCGAUGGGCGCUGGGCGCUGCGGUCGGAGCCGCACGGCCGCUUCUUUGGCGGCACCGAGGACCAGCUGUCCUGCUUCGCCACAGCCAUCUCCGCGGCCGAGCUCUGGACCGUGCACCUGGCCAUCCACCCGCAGGCGCACCUGCUGAGUGUCAGCCGCCGGCGCUACGUGCACCUGUGCGCGCAGGAGGACGAGAUGGCGGCGGACAGCGACCGGCCCUGGGGCGUGGACGCGCUCAUCACGCUCAUCUUCCGGAGUCGGCAGUACUGCCUGCGGUCCUGCGACAGCCGCUACCUGCGCAGCGACGGCCGCCUGGUGUGGGAGCCCGAGCCGCAGGCCCGCUACACGCUUGAGUUCAAGGCCGGCAAGCUGGCCUUCAAGGACGCCGACGGCCACUACCUGGCGCCCGUGGGGCCGGCCGGCACGCUCAGGGCGGGCCGCAACACGCGGCCGGGCAAGGACGAGCUCUUCGACCUGGAGGAGAGUCACCCGCAGGUGGUGCUGGUGGCCGCCAACCACCGCUACGUGUCCGUGCGGCAAGGGGUCAACGUCUCAGCCAACCAGGACGAGGAGCUGCAUCAUGAGACCUUCCUGAUGCAAAUUGACCAGGAGACGAAGAAGUGCACCUUCUAUUCCAGCACCGGGGGCUACUGGACCCUUGUCACCCACGGGGGCAUCCACGCCACAGCCACACAGGUUUCUGCAAACACCAUGUUUGAGGUGGAGUGGCGUGGCCGGCGGGUAGCCCUCAAGGCCAGUAAUGGCCGCUAUGUGUGCAUGAAGAAGAACGGACAGCUGGCAGCCAUCAGCGAUUUUGUGGGUGAGGACGAGGAGUUCAUUCUCAAGCUCAUCAACCGGCCCAUCCUCGUGCUGCGGGGCCUGGACGGCUUCGUCUGCCACCGCCGGGGCUCCAACCAGCUGGACACCAACCGCUCGGUCUACGACGUCUUCCACCUGAGCUUCAGCGACGGCGCCUACCAGAUCCGAGGCCGCGGCGGCGGGUUCUGGUACACCGGCAGCCACGGCAGCGUGCACAGCGACGGCGAGCGCCCCGAGGACUUCCUCUUCGAGUUCCGCGAGCGCGGCCGCCUGGCCAUCCGCGCCCGGGGCGGCAAGUACCUGCGCGGGGGCGCCUCGGGACUGCUGCGCGCCGACGCGGACACGCCGGCCGGGGUCGCGCUCUGGGAGUACUGA